AUGGGAAACGAAAAGAGAGAUUUAGAGCCGGUGUUAUUGAAAUUCGCUGUACCUUUAGCAUUAUCUAUCGGCGGAAUUCUUUAUUCUUGGAUCAUGAACAAACAAUCCAAAGCUUCUAAAUCCCCACAUGAUCCUCGUACACAUUCAGAUUGCAACAAUCUGAUGAAUUCAAGAAGCAAUCAUCAAGCAUCCCAAAUAGCAACAAGUUCUCUCCAUUUUGAUCCUUUGUCAACAGACAAACGUGGGUUGCAUGAUAUCGAAUCAUUCAAAGGUUAUCCACGUGGAGAAAGGGAUCCCAAUGAGCAAGAGAUCAAGAACCUAAGAAACUCAGUCAGAAUCCUAAAAGAAAGAGAACGAAACUUGGAAAUCGAGUUACUUGAAUACUAUGGUCAAAAAGAGCAAGAAACUGCUGUUAUGGAGCUUCAAAAUCGUCUUAAACUAAAUAACAUGGAGGCUAAACUUUAUGCUCUUAAAAUCGAGUCUUUGCAAGCUGAUAAUAGGAGAUUACAAGCACAAAUGAUUGAUUACACGAAAGUUGUAACGGAUCUUGAAGCCGCACGUGCCAAAAUAAAAAUGCUCAAAAAGAAGCAUAAAUCGGAUGCCGAAGAAAACAAGAAGCAAAUCUUGGAUUUUCAACAACGAGUUCAAAAAAUGCAAGACAACGAACACAUACGCGUGGUUAAAGUUGACCCGGAUUUUGAAUUAAGCCAGAAUAAAGUUAAAAAUUUGGAAGCUGAAGUUGAAGAUUUGAGAAAAUCGAACCAUAGUUUGCGGUUAGAAAAUUCGGAUUUGGAGCGAAGGUUAGAUUGUGUUCAAAUGCUCGCUACAUCGGUUUUGGAAGAUAGUGAAAAUGAAAAACUCAAAGAAGAAAGUGAGAACUUGAAGAAACAAAAUGAAGAAAUGUCACAAGAAAUCGAGCGACUUCGAGCCGAAAAAUGUGCUGACGUGGAAGAACUUGUUUAUCUUAGAUGGAUUAACGCGUGUUUAAGACACGAGCUUCGUAAUUACAAUCCAGGACCCGAUAAAACAAGUGCAAGAGACCUCAGUAAAUCACUAAGUCCAAAAUCAGAAGACAAAGCUAAAAAAAUGAUCCUUGAGUACGCAAACAAAGAAGGUGGUGGAGAAACGAAUAUAAACGUAACCGACAUUGACUCAGAUCGAUGGUCAAGAUCUUCCAUGAUGACUGAUUCAAUGGAACUUGAUGAAUCCUUUAUCAAUGAUUCAUUGCCUCGUAAAAACAACAAUAAGUUCUUUGGGAAAAUCAUUCGACUUCUAAGAGGGAAAAGCAGAAAUUCAUCAAGAUCAUCCGAGAAUCGGAAAUUAAGAACAUGUACAUCAUCGGUGGGAUCAUCUAAUCGUAGUUCGAUAGAUUCAAGAAGAUUAACUCGUAGACAUAGUGAUGUAUGCUUUUACAAACAGAUUGAUUCCAUUGAUGAAGAAGAUGAUGAUGAUGAUGGUGGUCGUUUGUGUUCAUCUUCUUCGUGUAGUAAAGAUAAAGAGCUAGCUAAAUACGCAGAAGCUUUAAAAGACACACGUGCUUCAUCGAACUUGAAGUUACACAGGAGUUCCUUAUCACUUGAUUUCAUUUGAUCAUAUUUUUAUUGUAAUAUUGUUAGAAACUUAGAUCUUUUGACCAAAUACAUCAAAAUACAUAUAUAUUAUCGUCUUAUGAGUUAUGUCAACAAACAUUAUAUAAAAGUAUUUAUUUAUUAUUCUUUUUGAAAUUUUUUUUGUUAUCAUUCCUAGAAAUCGUUUCUAACGUAACCCCAUCAAAAUCGAGUGAC